AUGAUGGCUGUCAUUGAAGAAGUUGAUCAACCUAUUGAAACACAGGUUAUUUAUGAAAAUGAAGCAAAUGCAAUGGAAAAAUGUAAUGAAGGUAAAGGUAAGGAUGAAAGUAUAUUGGGAAAGGUUUUCGAUACACCUGAUGAUGCAUAUACAUUUUAUAAUGAUUAUGCAUUUUUACAUGGAUUUGGUAUACGUAUUGAUACCACAUUUAAACAUAAGACGACAAAGGAACCUUAUCGCAAGAUAUAUGUAUGCGACAAAGAAGGUUUUAAACGGUUAGACGAUAAUGCUUCAAGUGGAAUCGAGAAAAAACGUCGCAGAGAAGUUAGAAUUGGAUGUAAAGCAGAACUUCGAAUUUCAAAAAAUAAAGAUGGUAAAUGGUUUGUAGACUCGUUUAAUGACACACACAAUCAUGAAUUAAGCAUGACACCAACGAAGGUGAUGAAGCAUAGAUCUCAUGCAAAGUUCCAUCGUUUAACGGAAUGCAAAUCUCUUAUGGUGGAUCUAGGUCAAGCAGGAUUGAAACCUUGUCAAGUUAGAAAGGCUAUUAAUGCAAUGAAAACGUCAACCGUAGCUGAUGUUACUUCAAAGCAGUGUGCUGAUGUCUUAUCUGAGCAACGAAAACAAUAUAAAGGAAAGGAGUUCUAUGGACUUAUAAAACAUUUCCAAGAUAAAGCCUUAGUGGAUAAUGACCAAUACUUUACUGUGGAUUUGUUUGAGUCUCGAAGGGCCGCUGAAGAAGAUGAAGACUUCAAGACUAUGAACUCAAGGCCGAUUCUUUCUUCUCUUCAUCCAAUCGAAGAAAAAGCAGGUGAGUGUUAUACUAGAAAGAUUUUUGAUAUGUUCAAAAAAGAAUGGACAGAAGCUACUAGCAAUUUAACUCACGAGACUAUAAUUAAGGGUACUGAAGAAAUCAAAUAUCGAGUAGGGCAACUAAAAGUUGAAAAAACAUAUUGGCGAACUGUUACGUUUCGUUUUUCUAAUGAGGUCAGUGUCACAUGUUCGUGUUCUAAGUAUGAGACAUGUGGGAUUUUAUGCAAGCAUUGUCUAUAUGUGAUGAAGAAGAGACAUGUUGAAACACUACCUAGUCACUAUAUUUUACAUCGGUGGACACUUAAUGCAAGGUACACGGUGGGUAAUAGUAGAAUCGGACUCGAAGAAAUAAACAAUGAAAAUGAAGUUAGUGCCUACACAUUAUGGUGUGUCCGUUCAAAUUUUGCUAAACUAAUUGAACAAGCAAGAGACUCCCCUUUGGAGAUACAAAAACUCAAUAACUUAUUGAUAAGUCUUUUAGAUGAUCAAGCAAAUCGGAAGAAACCUAUAGCAAAUGAAUCUCAAGAUUCUUGUGCGAGAAUUUUACAAGUAGAUAUGGUGCAUCAAUUAUCUGUCCGGGAUCCUCUUGGUCCAAUUAACACGAAAGGGCGUCCAAGAGUUGCAAGUAGAAUUAAGUCUUCUUUAGAAGCCCCAAAAAAACGAACGUGUUCUUACUGCCAAAGAUUGGGUCAUUAUGCUACUAGUUGUUCAAAAAGAAAAGAAGAUGAAUCAAUGCAAGAGAAAGAAGGAUGA